AUUAAAAGGGGCCGUUGGAUAGCCCAAAUUGGUUCCGAACUCUUCCAAGGGGGGAGCUCUGCUCGCUUUGCUUGGUGCAGAAGUUUCUCCGUACAUUCUUCUUCUCUCUUCUUUUCCUGUUUCUUUUGUGUGCAGGAGCUUCUCAUCAUUUACUGUUUCUGUUUGUUUGCAGGAGCUUCUCAUCAUUGUAUUUUCUUCCUUGCAGUCCUCUCUCUCUCUAAUUUUAUAAUUCGUUCCUUUAGGGUGUGUUCAAAACGUUUGCUUGUGUGAAAUCAUUGUCUAUUCUUCCUUACAGUCUCUCUCUCUCUCUCUCUCUCUCUCUCCCUCUCUAAUUUUAUAAUUCAUUCCUUUAGGGUGUUUUGAAAACGUUUGCUUGUGUGAAAUUGCCUUGCGGGCUCAAGCAAUCUCUCUCUCGCUGUUUUUUGGUGUUUGGGAAAUCUAUUUUUCUCCAAGGAAGAAGAAUGGGAGGGAGAGAAUUCGGCUUUGUAGGGCUUUCUUGCAAGUAAAGUUAUUGGUUUUUUUUCUAUCGUCUUUGAGGUGUUCUGAACUGGUUUAUAUCAAAGCAGAUCAAAGGGGGUUCUGAUCUUUUUUGUGAAUUUGGGUUUUGCUCAGUGUGUUGAAAUUUUCCUUUUGCAUAAAACCCUUCAAUCUCUUCCCUUCCUCAGUAUAAUAACUCAGAUUGUCUUCAAAUUCGGCAAAUUGAUUCACAAAUUGUGCAAAUUAUUGAUUUGGGUUCACGAUGAGUUGCAUUGAGACAGUGGAAUCAAGGCCACCUGCAGGGCUCAUAGUUCAUGUUGCAGAGAAUGGGCAUAGUUUCGAGCUCAACUGCACUGAAGAAGACUCUGUUGACGCAGUUCAGAGAUGCUUAGAAACCCUAUGCCAAAUCCAAUUCAAUGACCAGUUGUUGCUUUGUGGAGACAUGAAGCUGGAAUCUCACAGGCCCUUAUCUUUCUACAAGCUCCUCGGCAAUGGCCGAGAUGUUUUUCUUUACAAUCGAGCCAGACUUAUACCUGACUGCCCUCUCCCUUCUCCAGAAGAAAUUAAUUUUCUAGAACCCACUGAACUCCCCUCACCUUCUUCUUUGCAAGACCCCCACCCGCUGGACGAUGCUGUGGACCCUGCGCUUAAAGCUCUCUCCUCUUAUGAGAGACAGUUCCGAUAUCAUUUUCAGAGAGGCCACGCCAUUUAUGUAUCCACCCAAUCGAAAUUUGAGGCCUGUAAAAGGCUUCUCAGACAGCAAAAGGUUCAGGAAAGGGCUUUCGAGACAGCUCGAGGAAACAUGGAUCACUAUUAUCGAAUGAUAAACCAGACUUAUGUGGAAUUUAUGAAACACUUCUCUCGGCAACAUCGUCACCAUUCUGAUCUUCUCUUGAAUUUUGAUAAGGAUAUUGAGAAGCUGCGGUCUAUUAAGCUUCAUCCUGCUUUACAAACUGGGUCCCUAAGGUGCUUGCUUGAUUUUAUAUGUGAAGAUAACUUGCGAAAAUUGGCAAGCAAUUGUGCUGUGUCUCACAGGCAAUUUCAAGUGAAGGUGUCGCAUCUCAAGGGGAUGUAUAAUGACUUGGCUCAAGGGGUUGAUAGAUUGUUCUCAAUGAAAGCUCCGGUUGGGAUUAGAGAUGUGGAGCUUAUGAUUAAGGAGUAUCAGCAGUAUCUUGAUGAGCAAACGAGUAUAAUGCAGUCGCUGAGCAAAGAUGUCAACACUGUGAAGAAGCUGGUGGAUGACUGUGUAAGUUCCCAAGUGUCUGCCUCUGAUGCCGUUUCAGCCCUUGGUCGAAUGUAUAAUGUCCAUGAGAAAAAUCACCUUCCCAGGAUGCAUGCAUGCCAUCGUGAAAAUAAAAAGCUACUAGACUUUUGCAAGAUCAAAAAGGAUGAAAUGAAUUUGUUUGUGCAUCGUAAUAUGCAGACUGUUGCACAUCUUCAGUCUUGUACCAGGGAUAUUCGCAUGCAGCUUCCAGCUUUCAAAGAAGCAAUGACUCGACAAGAUGGUAGCUUUGCAGAUCUGAGAUUGCUUCGAAGGAUUGGACCCGCUUAUCGAGUUUGCCUCGCUGAAGUGGUGAGGAGGAAGGCUUCAAUGAAACUUUACAUGGGUCAAGCUGGGCAGAUGGCAGAAAAGCUUGCUAGGAAGAGGGAAGACGAGGUUAGGCGGAGAGAGGAAUUCUUGAAGGUGCAGAGUGUUUGUAUACCUCGUGAUAUUUUAGCAUCCAUGGGUCUCUUUGAUUCUCCAAGUCAAUGUGAUGUUAACAUAACCCCCUUUGAUACAAAUUUGCUGGACAUUGAUAUAACAGACAUAGACCGUUAUGCUCCCGAGUCAUUGGUUGGAUUGUCAGUGAAAGUUGAUAAGCCUAUAUCCUCCACUAAGGGAUCAUUUUCUGGUUCAUAUGGGAGCUGCAAUUCAUUAGAAGUUGAGGAAAGUCCUUCAACUAUUGAUGGCAAAGAUGCACAUGAAGAGCUCUUCGAUGAAUCUGAGUCUAUUGAGAUUGCGGGAACAAGCAAAUUGGAAGUUGAGAAUGCUCGGUUGAAAGCAGAACUUGCUUCGGCUUUAGCUUUAGUUUGCUCUUAUGGCACUGACAUUGAUUACGAUACGUUUGACGAUAGUAAGCUUGAUAGUAUUCUGAAGGAGAAUGCGGAGAGGACUGCCGAAGCGUUGCGCCUGAAGGAUGAAUAUUGUAAACACUUCCAAGACAUGCUCAAGGUGAAGCAGAUGCAGUGUAUUACUUAUGAAAAACGUAUACAGGAGUUGGAGCAAAGGUUGUCUGAUCAGUAUAUGCAGCAGCAAAAGAUCUCAUCAGGUGGUAAGGAAGUUUCAGUCUCUGCCCUUUCAGCUUUGAAGACUGAAGAUUGCAAAUCUGAGGUAUGUGGGGAUGCUGAGGUACAUGCACCUUAUGUUCCUCCUGAGCCUAUGGAUGAGGUUUCUUCUUCACCGGCAGCCUUGGAUCCCAAAGAAGAACAUUCAACUGUAGAGAUGAGUGGUAAAGACCAGGAAGGUUUAGAUGAAAGCAUGACGGAUCUUUUGGGCAUCCAUUUGCAACCAGUUGAACCUGUACCCAACUCUUUGGAUGCAUCUAUGUUGGAGCCUCAAAGAGACGAGCAACAUAUAGAUUGUGGAUCUGGUAAAGAGAAAGAAAAAAGGGUGAUAGAAACUGUGCAAGAUCCUCUAAACACCAUACCUUGCAGAACUAAUACGGCUCUGGAGUCUGGUUUACUCCUAAAAAAUAAGGAAGACCUCGUGGUAGUGCUUGAGAGUGCUUUAUCGGACAAGUCAAAUGAGUGCGAUGAGACUCAAUCUAAAUUAGAAGCUGCUAUGGAGGAAAUAGUCUCACUGAGGAGAGAACUGGAGGCCAGUAUAAAGCUUUUGGAUGAAUCUCAGUUGAACUGCGCACAUCUGGAAAAUUGCCUACAUGAAGCCAGAGAAGAAGCGCACACUAAUCUUUGUGCAGCAGACCGGAAAGCUUCUGAAUAUAGGGCGCUACGUGCAUCUGCUAUAAAGAUACGUGGCCUAUUUGAGAGACUUCGUACUUGUGUAUCUGCUCCUGGAGGUGUUGCUGGUUUCACAGAAUCAUUACGUUCACUGGCUCUCUCUUUGGGCAGUUCUUCUGCAAAUGACAACGAAGAUGAAAGCGCUGCAGAGAUUCGGGCUUGCAUUAGGAUCCUGGCCGACAAAGUGAGCAUCCUGUCGAGGCAACGUGCUGAGCUCUUGGAGAGGUGUUCAAGGUUUGAUGCUGCUCAGGGCCUUCUGUCAAAGGAGCUUGAAGGGAAGAAUGAGCUUGUGAAAACCUUGUACAAUAAAAAGAAACAAGUGAAUAAGGAGAGGGUGGCAUUUCUCAAUUUUGAAGUCCAUGAACUCGCAGCCUUUGUCCUCAACUCUGCUGGACAUUACGAGGCCAUCAAUCGUAAUCGCCCUAACUACUACUUGUCUGAUGAAUCCGUCGCCUUGUUUAUUGAGCACCUCCCCUAUAGACCUACUUUCAUAAUUGGACAAAUUGUGCACAUUGAACACAAGUUUGCAAAGCCGCCAACUCCUGAGCUUGGUGACCAGUCUGACCUUUUAAGCAGCAAGGGAGAAGGAUCUGGUCUACCUGAGUCAUUUUUCAAUCCAUAUGGUCUUCCUCUUGGCUCUGAGUAUUAUGUAGUUACAGUGGCAAUGCUGCCUGAACCCAUCCAAUCAUCUCCUCCAUAAUUCGUGAUUGAUGAUUUGUUUGUAAAUAUACAUUACCACUGGUGGUGGUGUUGGUGGAGGUAAUGAUGGUGGGUUUGACCUGUACAGCUUCUAAUUUCUUUUCUUUGUAAAGCAACUUGUGUAAAUUAUCUGUGAAUAUUUCGAGCCUAUGAAGGGUUUAUGCAUAAAACCUGAGGUCUCUUCAAUCUUGGCCCACUUAUGUUCCAAGUGGUGCAUGAGAAUGCCAUUAAAAGUGGGAUAAUCUUGUGUUUCAUCUCAAGAUGAUGGUGGCUAGUUUGAGUUCAAAUGUUAACUUUCCAGUGUUAUACAAACAAUCUCACUGUUUUUUUA